CUAUUUAAUAUAUAUCGAAGAACGAACGAGCGAGAAUCGAAACCGACGGUGUAUCGAUUAUCGCACUCGCAUUUCCGCCGAAUAACGCUCCGGAUUGAUUAUCCGUAAGAUGCGGCAAGUAAUGGCGCGGUCCCGUGGCGUGGAAUAUGUUAUAGAGGUUAUGUGUAUGUUAUAGAGGGUCUCUGUACUAUUGAACGAGCGUACAAAAUAGCUUCCGAUUCAGUUUGUUGAUUGACAUUUUGAGACACGGAGAUGCCGCCGAAAUGUAAAUUUCAAGAAGGAGAAAAGGUUCUGUGCUUCCACGGGCCGUUGAUCUACGAAGCGAAGUGCUUAAAAUCGUCCAUUAAUAAGGAUAAACAAAUCAAAUAUUUCAUUCAUUAUGCCGGCUGGAACAAGAACUGGGAUGAAUGGGUGCCAGAAAGUAGAGUGCUCAAGUAUAACGAGGCGAACGUGCAGAGACAGAGGGAGGUCCAGCGAGCACACUCGAAUCAGCAGUCCGCUCAGAAAAACAAGAAAGGGAACACGACGACUAAGACACAAGGGAGGAGGAGCGACGGUGGCAGGGAGAAAGAUACGGACAGCAGGGCGAGCACGCCGGUUGCGACAGCUGAGAAGAGCAUGAGCCGUUUUAACAAGGGCAUGAGCAGCACAGCAACAUCCUCGUCCUCCCAUGAUUCUGCGUCUGAGCCCACGCGCAAGAAGCGAAGUCGACUGGAGCCAACUGGUGACACCGAGGAAUAUCUCACUAAAGCGGAGGUUAAAAUCAAGCUGCCGGAGGAAUUGAAGUACGUGCUGAUCGACGAGUCCGAGGUGAUACUCAAGCACCACAAACUGCCUGCGUUGCCCGUGCAAAAUACAGUGGACAAGAUCUUGGACGAUUACGUGGAGAUAAAAUCGUCCGGGAAAACAAACGAUGUCAGGGAGAGCGCGCUAGAAGUGACGAAGGGCAUCCGGGAGUACUUCAACAUCACGUUAGGACUGCAAUUGUUAUACAAGUGGGAGCGGCCGCAAUUUAUACAGAUAAUGAACGAUAAUCCAGAGACGCUGCCGAGUCAGCUGUAUGGAGCGUUUCACCUGCUUAGAUUAUUCGUGAGGCUCGGCGGUAUGCUGUCGUACGCACCCCUAGAUGAGAGGAGUAUACAAUUAUUGUUAUCACAUUUCCACGAUUUCCUGCAAUAUCUGCAAAAGAAUAACGUCGAACUGUUCAAUCUCCAACAAGAUUACACAGAUUCACCACCGGAUUAUCAUCGAAAGUAUGGUUAAGUGAGUGAAGUUACUGUGCAACUCUUAUAUUUGUGUUCGUUAUAUAUGACGUACAUUUACUUAAGCUGUUUUAAAUAAUAAUAAUCCCAUACAUGUGAAACAUAUGUGGCAAUGUUGUCUAUCAAUGUCUAUCGCGCAUUUUUCGCUACCUUAAUAAAUAAAAGAACUUUUAGUUACGAUACAUUAAAGUAAGUAAAUUAACGUACACUGAGAAAAUGAUUCAAUGAUCAGAAAUACUCAUGUGUGAAAUAAUCUUUGAGGUCUGUUAAAUGUGCAUUGAAAAGGAAAAACCAAGAAAUAGAAUAGAAAUAAAGGAAUGUAUUUAAA